AUGACCUGGUGUAGCGUGAAUUGCGGUAUGAGUGUCGCUGUUGAUGAUGUCGCGUCGCGCUGUCAAUCUCGAAGUGAAGCUGACAACGCGAAGCGACACCUUCGCGUGAUUCCGGCCCCGUCGGAACUUUAUUUUUUUCCUGCGAUGCUCGUGGAGCCGCAACGGCUGAACACCGCCAUGGUUCAGCCGUCGACGCUGUCGCGACCCGUGGCGUCGACUGACGAGUUCCUCACAGAGCUCAAGCUCGGUGAUGAAGCCGGUGAGAAAUUUUCGGAUUCUGUGAACGGCUUCGUGGAAGAAGCCUUGAUUUUGUCGCGGGAGGAAGUCAGGAUCAUCGCCGAUUUGGACAGUCGUGACUUCGGGUUCAUCGACUUGAAAUCGCCGAAGGAAGCGCGGAAACACGCGCUCGUCGUGAAGUCGGUGAGCCACCUGGAGAAGCAGCUGGAAAAGCACCGGGUACAGGUUGCGAUCAGCUGCGAAGAUGAUACCAAACCGGAGAAGGGCAAGUUUGAUACCGUGGAUCCCAAGAUUUACUGCAAACUCGGCCACCUCAACUUGCUCCUCGGAGACUAUGCCAAAGCCUUGUCAGCGUAUCAAAAGUACAAUGGCCUCAAGGAGGAUAAUUGGAAGGACCCCGCGUUUUUGUACGGCCUCGGUCUGGUCUACUACCAUUUCGGUGCUUUCCAAUGGAGCAUCAAGGCCUUUUUUCAGGCCCUGUACGUGGACCCGGCGUUUUCGCGGGCCAACGAGAUCCACCUGCGCCUCGGGCUGAUUUUCAAGCAAAACAAGGACUUCGUCGCCGCCCUCAAGCACUUUAAUUGCGCCCUCAACGACCAGGCCGAGUGUUCCAAGUCCAAGUUGCAGAUCCGGUUCUACGUGGCCCAUUUGCACGAGAGCCAGGGCAAGUACAAGACGGCCAAGGAAUUGUAUUUGCGACUGGCGGCGGACCCGGCGUUGCCCGUCGACGUCAAGGCGGACACGUUUCGCCAAUUGGGAUGGAUGCAUCAUACGGUUGACGCCUUGGGAGAGAAGCGGGAGCGGGACGAGGCGGCUGUCAAUUAUUUGCAAUUGGCGGUGGACGCGGAGCCGAGGAACGGACAGACGCUGUAUUUGUUGGGACGGAGCAUCAAGGCCUUUUUUCAGGCCCUGUACGUGGACCCGGCGUUUUCGCGGGCCAACGAGAUCCACCUGCGCCUCGGGCUGAUUUUCAAGCAAAACAAGGACUUCGUCGCCGCCCUCAAGCACUUUAAUUGCGCCCUCAACGACCAGGCCGAGUGUUCCAAGUCCAAGUUGCAGAUCCGGUUCUACGUGGCCCAUUUGCACGAGAGCCAGGGCAAGUACAAGACGGCCAAGGAAUUGUAUUUGCGACUGGCGGCGGACCCGGCGUUGCCCGUCGACGUCAAGGCGGACACGUUUCGCCAAUUGGGAUGGAUGCAUCAUACGGUUGACGCGUUGGGAGAGAAGCGGGAGCGGGACGAGGCGGCUGUCAAUUAUUUGCAAUUGGCGGUGGACGCGGAGCCGAGGAACGGACAGACGCUGUAUUUGUUGGGACGGUGUUAUUCGGCCAUGGGUCGAGUGCACGAGGCCUUUACGGCCUACAGGAAAUCAGUCGACUGCUCCGAAGCAUCAGCCGAUACGUGGUGCUCAAUCGGGCUGCUGUACCAGCAGCAAAACCAACACGUGGACGCCAUGCAGGCCUACAUCUGCGCCGCUCAGCUGGACAAGACCCAUUACCCGGCCUGGACGAACCUAGGAAUCCUGUACGAAAGCGUGAACCAGCCCCAAGACGCCCUCGCCGCCUAUGUCCACGCUCUGGAAGCGGAACGGCGCCGAAAGGGACUCGCCGGGGACGCCACUGGGGUGAAUCCGAACCUCGAGAGCCGGGUUCAGUUUCUGAGGAACCAAUUGUGUAAUGCUCCGCCGCCAACGACGCCACCAAAGCCGAGGACACUUAGAACUCUGGAAGAGGCCUGGAACAAGCAGGUGUCGGCAGAGUUGAGCAAUAAGCUGUUGCAGCAGCAGCAAAAGUGGCAAAAGGGCGGCGUCACUCCUGGUAUCGGCGGCGGCGUCGGUGGUGGUGUUGGUGGCGAUGAUGAUGGUCCGACGGCGGCGAAGCGAUCGAGGCCGGAUGCUGUGGUUGCGGCGCCGGGGGCGGCGUCUGCAGCGUCAAUGACUCCUGCAGAGCCGCCGACGUCGUCGUUGCAUUCCCGAGUGCAGUCUCUGGCGCCGCCGUUUUAUCUCACGCAGCAACAGAUGUCGCAUUUGCAGUAUUUGCAACAGAAUCAGGCGCACUUGAACCCGCAGCAAUUGCAGUUGUUGAGUCAAUUGCAGAACCAGCAUCGAAUGAUGCAGCAACAUCAACAUCAGUUGAGGCAACAACAUCUCCAGCAGCAGCAGCAACAACAACAGCAGCAGCAGCAGCAACAGCAACAACAGCAGCAGCAUCAACAACAGCACCAGCAGCAACAACAACAAGCAAGGUUCCAGAACGGCUACAGCGACACCUACUACAGCAACUCAGAAACGUUCGAGUCCACAGACGUCGUAGAGUCCAUCACAGAUCAAGACAUCCAGGCCCUUCUGUCUCAGAAGGAGCUCGCAACGUCCCUCGCCGAAGACCUCAUCAAGAAGAUCUCUGAGGGGCUGGCUGAAGAAGAAGCCGCUGCUGUGGAAUCGUCCAUCAAGCAAGAACUGCGUCAGGAGAUGGACGAGACGAAACCACCCGCAGCGAGUAACGUGGAAGUGAAGGACUUGGUAGCCGGCAUCAAGGGUGAAGAAGACGAAGACACGCCGGAUGAAGAUGAAGAGUCGAGUGACGAGAGGGUGAAGAAGGAGGCGACGACUGUGAAGAAGGAACGGGUCGUGUUGACGUUGAAGUUGGACCGGAAAAGCAUCAAGAAGGAGAGUCCCGUUUUGUCUAUCAACAUGUCCGGGUCGGAAGUGUUGGCGUCUGCGAAACGGAAAAGCAAGAAAAAGCUCAAGAAGGGCAAAGGAAUCAAGUACCCGAACUCCAUGUCAAUCCUGAGUGAACGGUGUCGUCCGCCACGGCCACCAUCGCCACCAGACAUGGACCUGUCGGACGCCGACUUGCUGCCACCGACGCCCUCGGUGCACAUUGAAAACAAGAAACAGGCCUCGUCGCCGGCCUUGCAAGAAUUCUGCCUUCGUCACCCGAUCGCAGUCGUGCGCAACUUGUGCGCGACUCUCAAAAUGGACCUGGGUCUCUUCUCCACCCGCUCGUUGGUGGGUGCUCAUCCCGAACACACGAUUGAAGUGCGGACGCAAAUGUACCAGACGUCGGACGAGAACUUUGACUAUCAGACGGGGAAACGGUCGUGGCGGUGUUCGAGUCAUCGGGGCCACACGUCAAUAUCCAAGUACGCGAGUUACCAGGCCUUCAGCUUCAAUGAGGCCCUGAAGGAGGACACGUUGCAGGGCCCGCCGACGAGUGCGGCCGCCGUGGGCAAGAAGGGUGGGCGGAACAACUCGCAGGGCCAGGCGUGUGCCAACACGUUGCUCAAGGGCUCAGGGCCAGGAUCGAACCACAGGAAAGUCAUCAAGUUCGGCACGAACCUGGAUUUGAGUGACGAGAAGAAGUGGAAACCGCAGUUGACGGAGUUGAUGAAGCUGCCGGCGUUUUGCCGAGUGGUUUCCGCCGGCAACAUGCUGUCCCAUGUCGGACACACCAUUCUGGGCAUGAACACUGUGCAGUUGUACAUGAAAGUGCCCGGGUCUCGAACCCCCGGGCACCAGGAAAACAACAACUUUUGCUCAAUCAACAUCAAUAUCGGUCCUGGGGACUGUGAGUGGUUCGGUGUACCUGAAGCCUACUGGGGAGCGUUGGCCAAAAUUUGUGAAGAUAGCGGAGUUUCGUACCUGAGCGGAUCCUGGUGGCCAUUGAUGGAGGACCUGGCGAAGGCAAAAAUCCCUGUGUACAAAUUCCUUCAGAAACCCGGCGAGUUGGUGUGGGUGAACGCGGGUUGCAUCCACUGGGUCCAGUCCAAGGGCUGGUGCAACAACAUCGCCUGGAACGUGGGUCCCUUGACUGCGAAGCAAUACCAACUCGCCGUUGAACGCUACGAGUUCAACAAGCUCAAGCAGUACAAGUCCAUCGUUCCGAUGAUGCAUCUCUCGUGGAACCUUGCCAGGAACAUCAAGGUCUCCGACAUUGGUCUCUAUGAACAGAUCAAGUAUUGUUUGCUGCGAACUUUGAGGCACUGUCAAAUGGUUCUCGAGUAUUUGUACGACUUGGGAGUCGAGGUGAGGUUUCGGGGUCGAGGCAAGAACGAGGUGACGCACUACUGCAACCAAUGCGAGUUGGAGGUGUUCUGCCUGCUGCUGGUGAAGGAGGAGGAGAAGAAGCACGUGGUCUACUGUUUGGAUUGUGCUCGGAGACAGUGUGGGCAGUUGAACGGGUUCGUCGGGUUACUGGAGUACCACAUGGAUGAUCUCGUGAAGAUUUACGACGACUUCAAACCGCCGCCUGCCAUUGGAAGUGCACCAGUGCCUGUGCACAUUACAUGACGACGAAGUGGUUGAGGCUGGCAUCGAGUGUCCGUCCUCAGGCAGCUUAGAAGUAAAGAAAAAAAGUGUGAGAAGCGAGACUUGGACACUGCCUUGAGUCGAGCGGGUGGGCGAUUUUUUUUUUUUUUUACUUCUCCUAAGGAAACUCCAGGGAACCUGUGACGAGUAUUUUGUGUGUGGUCACUUUUACGAGAGGUAGGGUGGUUUUUUUUUUCGUUUGAUGUUUGUUUUUGGCCGAGACGCGGUAUAUUUUUGUAAUCGUUUCGGCCGUUUUGAACGACACACUCAGGGACUCUCAUCCGUCGUCGGCCUAAUUUUUUUUGUGGAAUAUCUCUUUUUUUUUGUGUCUGAGGAAAAGGAGGUUUUUAUUUAAGGGAUUUUCAAUCGUAUUUCCCGGGGUUGUCCGGAGAUUUAGGAUGAUCGUAGAUCACGUGGGUGUCUGUCCUCCUCCUUUUUGUUUGAAUUUCUUUGUUUUUUUCCCCCCGAGAGCGUGGAUUUGGAUUUUUGUUUUUUCUCCCCGCAAUAUUGUGCUUUGUACUUUUCUACUGGAAGCGAAGAGAAAUUUUUCUCUUAGAUACCGGAAGUUAGGACUCAAUACUCGUUCAAGACACUUUAUUUGAUUUUUACGCCUUCGAGCUGUGCCUGUCUUUCGCGUGAGUCUGAUGUGCUCUCAUUUUACCUGUUGCAAGAGUAUUCAAUCGUUUUUUUUUUCGAAAGAGAAAACAAAAAGAAAACAAGGAAUAAACACGAGGAUGCAUCAUGUUUUUUGCGAAACAAAAC